AUGGCUGCUCCUACUGCUUUGAAGAAGACAUCUCCUGUAUCUCAAAACCAAGAACCAGCUGAAAGUAGCAGCAUACAGGUUCCACCACCAACUCAACAAGAUGAAGAAGAUGAAGUUCUUAUAGAUGCUUCAGGUAAUAUUGAAGAUACAGAACAACAACAAGAAGAUUCCACAAAGAAACAAUUAGAGACAAAAGGAGUGGUACUUGAUGCUGAAGGUAAACCACGUUUCAGUUCUGCUGCUAAGUCAGGUGAACACGUCAAGAUUGAAUCAAGAAAAGUUCCAGUCCCACCUCAUAGAAUGUCACCAUUGAAAAAUGCAUGGCCAAAAAUUUAUCCUCCAUUAGUUGAUCAUUUAAAAUUACAAGUUAGAAUGAAUUUGAAAACAAAGACUGUUGAAUUAAGAACAUAUAAAAACACUACGGAUCCUGGUGCUUUACAAAAAGGUGCUGAUUUCAUUAAGGCAUUUACAUUAGGUUUUGAUCUUGAUGAUGCAAUUGCCCUAUUAAGAUUAGAUGAUUUAUAUAUUGAAACUUUUGAAAUUAAAGAUGUUAAAACUUUACAAGGGGAUCAUUUAUCAAGAGCUAUUGGUCGUAUUGCAGGUAAAGAUGGUAAAACUAAGUUUGCUAUUGAAAAUGCAACAAGAACAAGAAUUGUUUUAGCUGAUUCCAAAAUCCAUAUUCUUGGAGGUUUUACACAUAUUAGAAUUGCAAGAGAAGCCGUUGUUUCAUUGAUUCUUGGUUCUCCACCUGGUAAAGUUUAUGGUAAUUUACGUACUGUUGCAUCAAGAAUGAAAGAACGUUAUUAA